AUGCCUCCAGUUUACCUGCUCCUGAUGCUCGUGUGUUUAAGUUGUUUCAGCCGAGGAUACAGCCACUCGUAUGAGAGACUCAGAGAGCUGAAUACGGACUUUGCGGUCAGGCUGUACCAGAUGUUAGUGGAGACAGAAAACAGGACUAACUCAGUGAUCUCCCCAAUCAGUGUGGCCAACUCUCUGGGGUUACUGCAGUUUGGAGCUCGAGGAAGCACCUCCGCUCAGAUAGAGAAUGUGCUGGGAUACAACGUUAAUGAUGAAUCUGUACGAAAUUUCAUGAAAGCUAUGCACAGGGAAUUGGUGAACUCCAGCCAGGAAACGUCCAUGCACUUGGCGUGUGCCUUGUUUGUGCAGACUGGGACCUCCCUGUCUGCCCAGUUUAUUGAGAAUGCUGCACUGUGGGCAAACAGCAGCCUCCAACAGGCUAACUUCAGUGAGCACACAUGGACAGCAAGUCAGAUCAACCAAUGGGUCACCAGGAACACAGGAGGUGGGAUACAGACUCUCGUACCUUGUGGACCUUUCCUGCCAGGUUUUACACAGAUCACACUUGUGAGUACAAUGUAUUUCAGAAGCCGAUGGAAAACCAAAUUCUCCUUCACAGACACACAGACACUGCCUUUUAUCAGCACCGAUGGAUCGGUGGUCAAAGUUCCUAUGAUGCAUCAAACUGCAGAUGUUAACUAUGGCCAGUUUGAAACUGCUUCUUUUGAGAAGUUUACGAUAGUGGAGCUGCCUUACCUAGGGAAUACAGUCAGUAUGUUUGUGGUAAGGCCCACAGACAAGAACACACAUUUAUCUUCUAUUGAAGCAAGCUUGACAUCAAAGAGCAUAGCACUGUGGACCAGCUCCAUGAAGAAAUUCAAAAUGGACAUCUUCAUGCCCAGAUUCAAAUUGGAAAGCCACAGUGACUUAAAGGUGUUAUUACCAGCCCUGGGGGUCUUGGAUCUUUUUGAUCCAAGAAAAGCUGAUUUUAAAGGGAUAUCAGGUAUGUUUUUAAUUUUUCAUUAG